AGGCGGGUGGCGGCGGGAUGGCGACGGCCUCUGUGUCCUUGGACUUGGCCAGCUUCGGAGCGCCCCCGCCUGGCGGGGGAGUACAGGCGGCGACAGCUGAGGAGGAGGAGCGAGAGGUGGUACGGGUACGAGUCAAGGUUCCCAUAUUGCUGGAGCGGAGAGAGCGAGGGGAAGAGUGGAUGAAGAUGAACCAAACAGAAAUGUGAGAGCUUCUUGCCACCUGAGUUCCGUUCUUUCGCUGUUGAUCCCCAGAUCACCUCCCUCGAUGUGUUGCAACACAUCCUCAUCCGAGCGUUUGACUUGAAUGGUAAGAAGGCUGCGUUCUUUCCACUUCUAUCCCUCAACUACCCUGUUACCCUCCCUAGAGGGGACCAACAUUUUACCAGUUUCCAAUGUGCCCUCCAGAUACAAGCAGGAAGAAGAACUUUGGCAUCAGCUACCUGGGUCGCGAUCGGCUGGGGCAGGAAGCUUACCUCUCACUCCUGUCUGACUGGGAUCUCACCACAGCCUUUGCCACUGCCUCCAAACCUUACCUGCAGCUGCGUGUAGACAUUCGACCCACUGAGGACAGCCCACUGCUGGAAGACUGGGACAUAAUCAGCCCUAAGGAUGUCAUUGGCUCCGACGUGCUACUGGCUGAGAAACGGUCAUCGCUGACAACGGCUGCCCUGCCUUUUACACAGUCCAUCCUCUCUCAGGUGGGCCGCACUUUGUCUAAGGUCCAGCAGGUGCUGAGCUGGUCAUAUGGGGAGGAUGUCAAACCCUUCAAGCCACCCCUGAGCGAUGCUGAGUUCCACACAUACUUGAACCACGAGGGUCAGCUUUCCCGCCCUGAGGAGUUACGCCUGCGGAUCUAUCAUGGUGGUGUUGAGCCCUCCCUGCGAAAGGUGGUGUGGCGGUACCUGCUGAAUGUGUACCCAGAUGGACUGACAGGCCGUGAGCGGAUGGACUACAUGAAACGCAAGAGUCGCGAAUACGAGCAGCUCAAGAGCGAGUGGGCACAACGAGCGAGCCCCGAGGACCUGGAAUUCAUCCGCAGCACAGUCCUUAAGGAUGUGCUGCGUACCGACCGGGCCCACCCCUACUAUGCAGGGCCUGAGGAUAGCCCACACCUGCGGGCACUGCACGACCUGCUCACCACCUAUGCCGUUACCCACCCACAGGUGUCCUACUGCCAGGGCAUGAGCGACCUUGCCUCGCCUAUCCUCGCUGUCAUGGACCAUGAAGGCCAUGCCUUCGUCUGCUUUUGUGGCAUCAUGAAGCGCCUGGCCGCGAACUUCCAUCCUGACGGCCGUGCCAUGGCCACCAAGUUCGCCCACCUCAAGCUGCUGCUGCGACAUGCUGACCCUGACUUCUACCAGUAUCUGCAAGAAGCUGGUGCCGAUGACCUAUUCUUCUGUUACCGCUGGCUGCUGCUUGAGCUCAAGCGCGAGUUCGCCUUUGAUGAUGCCCUCCGCAUGCUUGAGGUUACCUGGAGUUCACUGCCCCCCGAUCCUCCUGAACAUGAGGUAGAGCUUGUUGGACCCCCCAGCCAAGUGGCAGACACUGGCUUCGGUGGUCACAGAGGGUGGCCCAUGCGACAGAGGCACAUGUUGAGGCCUGCAGGUGGGGGAGGCAGCGCUUUUGAAGAUGCUGUUGACCACUUGGCUAUGACCAGCCAGGGGCCUGGUGGUGGGGGGCGUCUCCUGAGACAAGCCAGUCUGAAUGAUCUCCAGCAACUCAGGGAUAACACAGGCCCCAGGAGGGCUCCUCUGGUCCAAUUGCACCAUCCAGCUGCCCUCAUUAGCUCCAAGUCUCUCUCAGAGCCCUUGCUGAACUCCUUAGACCCACUGCUCUCCUCCUCUUCCCAUCCUGAUUCCCCAUCCUCCUCAUCUCCGCCGUCCUCCCAGGAGGCCUCUCCUGCUGGUGACGCAGCUGCAGGCUCCCCCUUGAUGCCAGAGGUGGGCUCCCGGAAAGACCCUGAGAAGUCUUUGCCACCCCCACCCCCACUGGGCCUGCCCCCGCCCCAGGAGUUUGGCCGGGGGAACCCAUUCAUGCUCUUCCUCUGCCUUGCCAUCCUGCUGGAGCACCGUGACCACAUCAUGCGCAAUGGGCUGGAUUACAACGAGCUGGCCAUGCACUUUGACCGCCUCGUGCGAAAACACCACCUGGGUCGUGUCCUACGCCGGGCCAAGGCUCUCUUCGCUGAUUACCUGCAGUCAGAGGUGUGGGAUUCAGAGGAGGGGGCUGAGGCCACAGCCCCAUCUUGAUCAGGCUCCCUCCAGUCCACCGUCAGCCCCACCAGAUCUCCAUUCUUUGCCAUGAGGGCCUCCACGUGAGACCCUACCUCCCUGCCUGCCAGCCCUAGACCUGUUGGAGCGUGGGGCCGUCUCUCCACAGGUCUGAGAGUAUGGGGAUCUGCUUUAGCACUGUCCCAUGAAGGCCACGGCCUCUUUUCUGUUUUUGUUGCUUUGUUUUUAACAACUGUACUUUGCACACAUGAA